CUCUGACUCUUAGGUACUGGGAUUAAAGACACGGGCUACAAAGCCAGGUUCAGAUAUCUUAAUUUCAUUGUCCCUGAAGAUGGGCCGGCAAGGCUCUCACAGUUGAAGGUCCUACUUCCGUUUUCCUGAAUGAGCUGCUAAACUGCAAUCUUCAAAACCCACUGUCACAAACCUCACUCACUGCCCCUCCAGUGUUUUAGACCUUCCUCACUCAUUGAUUGCUGUGUCAAAAAUCAGCUCACUUCCCCAUCAAAUUCUUUUAAGGUUUGAGGGUAUGUGUGCACUCCAGUUAUAAAUCUGAGGGAGGAGAAUUGGGGGUUCGAUGACACCCUGGGAUAUGCGGUGCAGGGGAAUCAGUCUGCGUUCAGAAUCUUUCCUUCUGAUUCUGGGUCGCUCAGCUCUGGGAGGAAAAAGGAAACAAAACAUCACUGCUGAGCGACGUGUGUAUCUUUCACCACCAGAGUGCGCGCCUCUGGCUGAGGCUGCCAUUUCAAACCAUGCUUGUGGGAUGGGGAAAGUGGGCAAGAGAUGAUGGACCCGCCACUGAAACUCCUCGUGGAUCGGGACUGGCCAGAGCCUUCAGCCAGAUCUGGGCAGCCAUCCUCGAGUCUGUUCCCUUUCUGCGCCUCAGCGUGUUGCACGACUCUGCCCGCAGCACCUCGGAGGCGGCCGCCCUGGAGCGGGAGCUGCUGGACGAGUAUCGCUUUGGGCGCCAGCAGCUGGUGGAACUAUGCGGACACGCCAGUGCGGUGGCUGUGACGAAGGCGUUCCCCUUGUCCUCGCUGUCGCGCAAGCAGAGGACGGUGCUGGUCGUGUGCGGUCCGGAACAGAACGGCGCUGUGGGGCUGGCAUGUGCCCGGCACCUUCGGGUGUUCGAGUACCAGCCCAGCAUCUUCUGCCCGGUGCGUGCAGCCGACACGCUGCACCGCGACCUGACCACGCAGUGCGAGAAGAUGGACAUCCCCUUCCUGUCUUUCCUGCCCGCCGAGGUGCGGCUCAUCGAUGACGCGUACGGGCUGGUGGUGGACGCAGUGCUAGGCCCCGGAGUGCGGCCAGCGGAGGCGGGCGGGCCCUGCGCGCGAGCGCUGGCCACGCUGAAGCGGCUUUCCAUCCCGCUCGUGAGCCUGGACGUCCCCUCAGGCUGGGACGCCGAGGCUGGAGACGACGCGAAGGACGCGGUGCAGCCCGACGUGCUAGUGUCCUUCGCUGCGCCCAAGAGCUGCGCCGGCCGCUUCUCCGGGCGCCACCACUUUGUGGCCGGCAGGUUCGUGCCUGAGGACGUGCGCCGCAAGUUUGGCCUGCGCCUGCCAAAAUAUGCCGGCACCGACUGCGUGGCCGCGCUGUAACUGGCGCGCGCUGGGACCCGCACCAAUAAACAUCACCACCACCUUU